AUGAAGCCCACAGUUUAUUUUAUACUCGUACAUGGAUUAGAUUACACGGUUUGGUCAGAGAAUGUUACUAGUACUAAAUUCGGAUGUAAGAAUGGCCUGGGACCUGACCCUCUGCCAGCGAAGGAGGCAGAGGGACCUCCGGUUCAAAUGGAGCCAGUUGACCUUAGCUUACGUUCCCUACAAGGAUCUCAAUCACCAAACUACAAAUUGUUUGGAAGUAAACACAGUAAUGGAAGAGAUAAUCUUUACAGCACUUAUUCAAGCAUAAAAAGCGGCAAUGGCUACAACCACAAUUACAAUCGAGAUCGCUUUACCUCCUCUACAUCAAGUUCCUCCUCUUCAUUCACCACAUCAACUCAGUUGCAAUCUAAUCGGCAGUAUUCAUCACCAUUAUCAUCAUCAACGGUUUCUAAACUUCCUAUAUCUCCGCUUUUAGCCACUUCACCUUUCCUUUUGCCAUAUCGGCGCAUAAAAGAAGAGAGCAACAGCAAAAGCAAUACUUUUUCAAAUAGCAGCAACCACAGCAUCAAUAGUGGGCAUUUCAAUCAAGCAUCCUCUCAACAUCACCGAAAUGCUGGAAGCAUAAAUCCAACUUCUUCCACAUCACCUGCUUUAUCAUCCACUGCUGAAAUACCGUUUUGUAAUCAUCCUCUUACAGCCGUCGCCGGCGUUGCUGCAGCACAAAGAACUUUUAGUUUGCUAAGCCUUUUCAAAAAUCCUUAUAAGUAUACAACAGACCGAAGGUCUUCACCGUUUAGCUCAAGAGUUUGGAGUUCCAAUGAUGUAGUAUUGCCUUCAGCUCCAUCAAAUGUUACUUCGAUGCUACAUGUUACUUCUACGUACAGUAAAAUGGCUCCAGGCACAGUUAGCUCCAACACGAUAUCGCCAUGGAAGAUAAUGUCUUCAGCAACUCAGACUAAUCAAACAACGUUGAACCCCACCUUCCAAGGAUCAUCAAAUGCUGAUAGUCGCAAAAAUGCUUUCAGUAGCAUGGUAUUGAGAGGAGCUGGUGGCAGUAUGUUUGGACGAUCUGAGGAAUCAAGCGGAAUUAUUAACAAUAUCGGUUUUAGUGAUCUCUCUAAAAAUCGGAAAGUGCACAAAUGUGACACCGAGGGUUGUGAUAAAGUAUACACAAAGAGUUCUCAUCUUAAGGCGCAUAAACGCACUCACACAGGUGAGAAACCGUACGUGUGUAACUGGGAAGGAUGCAUAUGGCGAUUCGCUAGAUCGGACGAAUUGACACGCCACUACCGAAAGCAUACCGGCGUUAAGCCUUUUCGCUGCCAGCUCUGCGCACGCUCUUUUAGCCGUUCCGAUCAUCUAUCGCUGCACAUGCGCCGACACUAAAUUUCAAGCAAACAAAUAAGUAAAAAGUAAGACAGCGGCACAAUUUACUCACUAAUGUUCGUUUGCAACUACAGCCACUUAUUUUAGCAAAUUUUAGAAAAUUUUUUUAUUUAAUAAACUUAGCCAAUUAUCAUGUUUAGUCUCGUAAGUACAGCAUCUCAUGAGGCUAUGUUACCCACAAGUUGAAACAAAUGGCUCUAUGUAAACAUAUUCACCAAAACAUUACAUUUGUUAAAUUGUGUUCGGUUUUCAAAAUGGAAGUACCUAUACACGUAUACACAUACAUACCAUAUCACGUAUACUAUAAAAGCGCAUAGUUAACUAAAUGUCGCCAAUACGAUUGAGUUGAUAUACGAAUUUCAGAGUGAACUACAUAAAUAAAAUAUAAAGAUCAUCAUUAUUAAGUAA